GGUGUCAAAGUACGAGCGCUGAAGCCGUGAAGCCUCUCCCGGAACUGUGCAGCCGCGUCGGCUGGGGCAAUUUCACCAUCGGGGUUUGGGUCCAACAUGGCGACGCACGGAUGGAAAUACUGAUGACAGUCCGAAAGAUCGCCUCGAUUUGUACGAUGGGCGCCAAUGCCUCUGCUUUGGAGAAGGAGAUCGGACCGGAACAGUUUCCCGUAAAUGAGCACUACUUCGGAUUGGUCAACUUUGGCAACACCUGCUACUGUAACUCGGUGCUGCAGGCUCUCUACUUCUGUCGUCCGUUCAGGGAGAAGGUGCUGGCCUACAAGGUGCAGCCCCGACGCAAGGAGUCUCUCCUCACCUGCCUGGCUGACUUGUUCAACAGCAUUGCAACGCAGAAGAAGAAAGUGGGCGUCAUCCCUCCCAAGAAGUUCAUCUCGCGGCUGAGAAAAGAAAACGAGCUGUUUGACAACUACAUGCAGCAAGAUGCCCACGAGUUCCUCAACUACCUCCUCAACACCAUCGCGGACCUGCUCCAGGAGGAGAAGAGCCAGGAGCGGCAGCAGAACGGAAAGCUGCUUCAGAACGGAGGAGGAGGAGAGCUAGUAGGUGGAGGCGGAGGAGGUGGAGAGGGCGAAGGCGGGAAGGAGACGCAGCGGACGUGGGUCCACGAGAUCUUCCAAGGAACGCUGACCAACGAGACGCGCUGCCUCAACUGCGAAGCCGUAAGCAGCAAAGACGAGGACUUCCUGGAUUUGUCGGUGGACGUGGAGCAGAACACGUCCAUCACGCACUGCCUCAGGGACUUCAGCAACACGGAGACUCUGUGCAGCGAGUACAAGUACUACUGCGAGCAGUGCCGCAGCAAACAGGAAGCCCAGAAAAGGAUGCGGGUGAAGAAGCUGCCCAUGAUCCUGGCGCUGCACCUGAAGCGCUUCAAGUACAUGGACCAGCUGCACCGCUACACCAAACUGUCGUACCGCGUGGUCUUCCCCCUGGAGCUGCGCCUCUUCAACACGUCGGGAGACGCCACCAACCCGGACCGCAUGUACGACCUGGUGGCCGUGGUGGUGCACUGUGGCAGCGGGCCCAACCGAGGCCACUACAUCACCAUCGUCAAAAGCCACGGCUUCUGGCUCCUCUUCGACGACGACAUCGUAGAGAAAAUUGACGCGCAGGCCAUCGAGGAGUUCUACGGCCUGACGUCAGACAUUUCCAAAAACUCGGAGUCGGGGUACAUCCUCUUCUACCAGUCCAGAGACUGAAGGCGGCCUGGCGUUCGGAUUCACGCGACGCCGGGGGCGUGAGGGCCGAGCGUCCGGGCCUUUUUUUAUUCCCCCCGGCCGCCCGGGAUCGGACGAGACGUCCCGGCGGCCUCGGGGAAGACCGACGCGAGCCACGCCCUCCGCUGUGAGGCGGGCUCUGCAACUGACGGGACUCUUUUUUUGCACACGCAUAUCAAACGAUGUGAAAUUCGCUCGGACUCCCACGUGACUCCAAAGAGGUCCCAAAUGAACUUCGUGGCGCGUUUGUGUGGCGUCUCAUACUGCCGACCAACAGACUCUGGCAACACGUACCGACUGGUCCGAGCAGAGAGCGGCCGCGGCAGUCGCGCUUUCUUUUUCCUUCCACGACGGCUGUAAUCGCGGUCGGCCAUUCGCAAAUUCACCUUUUCCCGAUUCGUAAGGCUUCGCAGCGAACCAAAGCUCGCCACGCCCUUGCACCGUUUGCGUGAAGGCUCAAAGUGCGCAAAUUCGAUCAACUCAAAUGACAUUGUUUUUAUUUAAAUAUUCAGAUUAUCAUUUUACUUGGACGUCACACACUUCACUAAUGCCCCUUGUCUACCAUUGUUGUGUAGACAACUCUGGCUAUGUGAGACUUUGAGAGUGCGGAUGUGUACAUAUAUACAGAUGAUAUUGGAAGACAAAAUAAAUGCUUGCUUGAAAUAAUCAUCAGAAACACGGGAUUAUUGCGCACCUAACAUACUGCGCCGACGACAGCACUAAUGUAAAUUGCUGCUCUCUAGUGGUUAAACACCAGUACUCCCUUUCAAGAAUAACAUUUUUUUUACAUUACAUCAUUCAUUACCAUAGUCACUCAACAUAUGAGUACCGUGUCGCUAAUCAGAGGCUAAUUUGCGCCAACGCUGCAGCUCGGCUUACCUUCUGGCUUUCACAUGAUCUGCGUAGCGCGGCCGUCGUUUGCAGCCAGGUCGUCGGCGGGGAAACUGCGUGGGGCGUGGGUAUUAUGCAAAUUAGCUCAACAGUUACAUCACAAUCUCCCCAAAAAUACAAGUGCUCAUACAUUUUCUGAAAUCCCACACCCAAGGAUGCAUUUCAGUCAUAUUGACAGUGGACACUUUAUUGCAUAUUACAGAACGCUAACGAACAAAAUAGUUUUGAGUCAUGCAGCUCUAAAAUGUGCCAAAAAAAAAAAGUACAUUACAGUA